UGUACCGGAAGUCGGAGUUCAACAAAGCUGCCAGCAGACGACACACUCUCUCUCUCUAUCGCUCUUUCCUCCGCAUCGGCUCCCUGCAGAUCGAGAGAUCGAGAAGGUGGGAGCAGGCGAGGAGAGCGUGGACCCAGCUAGAGAAACACAGCGAAACAGACCGACAGAGUCUGCCAGCCGUCUCCAGCCGGUCCCUAUACGAAGAUGGCGGGCUCCAAGAAGACGGCAGCUGGAGCUCCGGGGAGCAGCGGAGGAGGAGCUACAGUAGAGCCGCUGCGAAAGUUCGGAGUUACGUCAGAGCAACUGGUGGAGCUAAUGAGCCUCCGGACGAAAGAGGAGCGCUCGCAAGCCCUCGCGGAGUACGAGGGAGUCGAGGGGCUCAUGGGCCACUUGGAGGUGAACCGUAAGACUGGGCUCCCCGCAGACUCGCACGAACUCGUGAGGCGGCGAGCGGCCUUUGGAACAAACGUCAUACCCUCAACUCCGCCAAAAGCCUUCAUAGCUCUCUGCAUAGACGCCAUACAGGAUAAAACGUUGAUCAUUCUGAUGUGUGCGGCUGUCCUGAGCAUCAUCCUGGGAGUGACUGUUGAAGACAACAAGUCGAUCGCGUGGAUCGACGGCGCCGCCAUUCUCUCAGCUGUCGUCAUCGUUGUCCUGGUAACAGCCGCCAACGACUGGACGAAGGAGAGACAGUUCCGUGGUCUGCAGAGGAAGUUGGAGUCGGACUCAAAGUUCUCAGUGGUUAGAGGAGGCGACACAAUCGAAGUCACACACGCUGAUCUCGUUGUCGGGGACAUCGCUGAGUUCAAAUAUGGCAACACUUUCCCAGUCGACGGGAUACUUGUCCAGGGAAACGACGUGAAAGUUAGCGAAGCAGCUCUCACGGGAGAAGCUGAACUUGUCCGUAAGAACGAGACUUCCAGUCCAAUGCUCUUUUCUGGCACCCAGGUGAUGGAGGGGCGAGGUACUAUGCUAGUGACUGCAGUGGGUCCCAACUCCCAACAAGGCCGCAUCUUUGCUCUCAUGAGGGGAAUUGAAGAGGAAUCUGGGUUUAUUACUGAGGCGCUGAAAAAGCUGCGUGGCAAGAUGUCCAAGAGCGCAGAGGAGCCCACGGAUCCUGAAACCGGUGCCGGUAGGCCUGGGGUCGAAGGUCAGGUAAAGGCGGACGAGGCCGAGGAGGAAGCAGCUGUCCAGGCUGAGGUAUUUGAAUACCAGCCUUCUGACCCGCCAGGCAAAGAAACCGGAAUUAUCGGCCGCGUCAAGCAGUACCGCGAGAAACGACGCCAACAGAAAGAAGAAGCAGAAGAGGAUAAGGAGGGCGUGUCGUCCGAGAGCGUUCUGCAGAAAAAGCUAAACAAACUCGCAGUGCAAAUCGGAUACGGUGGUACCGUGGCAGCUAUAGUCUGCAUUCUCGUUCUCACGGUUCGAUUCUCGAUCGAGGAAUACGGAGUCAACGGACGCGGAUGGAAUUCUAGUACCGAUUUCUCGCAAAUUCUUCACUUUGUCAUCAUCGGAAUCACCGUUCUCGUUGUUGCUAUCCCCGAGGGGUUGCCCCUAGCCGUUACCAUAGCACUGGCGUUCUCCGUGAAGAAAAUGCUGAAAGAUAAUAAUCUCGUUCGUCAUCUCCAUGCCUGUGAAACCAUGGGCAACGCGACGUCAAUCUGCUCGGACAAGACGGGGACCUUGACGACCAAUAGGAUGACUGUCGUCGAGAGUUACUUCGCUGGAAUUCAUUAUGAUGUCACCCCUAAAGCGGAGGAUCUCCCGGGGAACCUGUUGGAGAUGUUGAAAGAUUGCAUCGCAAUAAACAGCAACUACACUUCGCUUCUCUUAGAGCCGGGUAAGGAGUCGUCGGGGGCAACUGAGACGGACCUGUCGCUGAAGGAAAGGGUUCUGAGGCUGUUGCCAUGGAGAAAGGCGGGCUCCAACCAGCUACUGGGGCAGGGCCUGAAACUGCAAGUCGGCAACGUGACUGAGUGUGCUCUUCUGGGCCUUCUCGAGGAACUGAACGUCGACUAUGCCUCAAUACGUGAAGCUCAUCCAACCGGCUCCUUCUCAAAGGUCUUCACGUUCAACUCUGCUCGUAAGAGCAUGUCCACCAUCAUCCCCCUGCCAUCUGGCGGCUACCUUCUCCUGUGCAAGGGGGCCUCGGAGAUCGUUCUCGGCAAAUGUAGCAGUGUCGUCGGCGAGAACGGACGUAUUUUGCCGCUGAAUGCCGGAGAGAGAAAGAAUAUCAUCAACACCGUGGUGCAGCCGAUGGCAAACAACGCUCUAAGGACUCUAUGCAUGGCUUACAAGGAGAUCCCGGCUCAAUCUGCGGAAGAGGGGGCAGAGAUAUCGUCGCAGAGUCCAGAUUUUGACAAUGAAGGGGUCAUGGUGUGCGGACUGACGUGUAUAGGGAUAGUGGGCAUCCAGGACCCGUCAGACCUGAGGUUCCACGCUGCAUCCAGCAGUGUCAAGAGGCUGGGAUAAUAGUGCGGAUGGUGACCGGGGACAACAUUGACACUGCCAGAGCCAUCGCACUAAAAUGUGGCAUUAUAUCUGAGGAUCACGGGAAGGACAAGGACAGGGUCAUGGAUGGAAAGGAGUUUAAUCGACGAAUCAGAGAGAGAGAAGAGGUGAGUCAGCAGCUGUUUGACCGUAUGUGGCCAAGGCUGAGGGUCCUGGCGAGAUCUUCCCCCGAGGACAAACACACUCUUGUUGACCACAUCAUCCGAUCCAAACUCAGCAAGAACAGGGAGGUCGUCGCGGUAACUGGAGACGGGACGAACGACGGACCGGCGCUGAAGAGGGCAGAUGUUGGAUUUGCCAUGGGAAUAGCUGGGACUGAUGUCGCCAAGGAGGCAUGUGACAUCAUCUUGACAGACGAUAACUUUGCCUCCAUCGUCAAGGCGGUGAAAUGGGGCCGCAAUGUCUACGACUCCAUUUCCAAAUUUCUCCAGUUUCAGCUCACCGUCAAUGUCGUUGCCGUGUCGAUCACCAUCAUAUCGGCGUUUACCAUCACCGACAGCCCACUGCGUGCCAUUCAGAUGCUGUGGGUUAAUCUCAUCAUGGACACCCUCGCCUCGCUCGCACUGGCGACCGAAAAUCCCACAGACGACCUGCUAAAACGAAGGCCCUACGGACGAACCAAGGCUCUCAUAUCUCGCCACAUGUGGCUGUUUAUUAUCGGUCACUCCAUUUAUCAACUGACGACUUUGCUAGUGCUAGUUUUUGCCGGAGCUCAACUUUUUGACAUUCAGACUGGCAUCGGAAGAGAACUUCGCGCCACACCAACCCAGCAUUUCACCGUCGUUUUCAACGCUUUCGUCUUCAUGCAACUCUUCAACGAGAUCAACGCACGCAAGAUUCACGGCGAGCGAAACGUGUUCGAUAAAAUCUGGACAAACUGGAUUUUCCUGUCGGUGAUGAUCGUGCAGACCUCGGUCCAGAUCAUCAUAGUGCAGUUUGGGAGUGUGAUAUUUGGAACGGCGGAACUGGGCUGGGACCUGUGGAUGUGGUGUGUUUUCCUGGGCAGUUUGGAACUGGUCGUCAAUCAACUCCUCCUACUCAUCCCAGUCAACAAACUUCCUCUCAAGAAACUGAAAUUAUGGAAAUCCAAAGAAGAGGUGGACACGUAUGAGCAGCCGUAUGAUCCUGAUGAGAACACCAGAGCUCAGGUUCUUUGGAUGAAGAGUCUGCGUCGCAUUCAGACUCAGAUUCGAGUGGUGAAUGCAUUCCGUUCCACCCUGGAGUCGGGACACCUUCUCCACGUCUCCAUGUUACCAACACUGCAGGAGACCCCGCGACCGGGUCGUUACCAGAGCAACCAAACAAUCGAAGGCAGGGUGACGUCGGUAUGAUGUCACCCCACAUUCCAUUAUCGUAUCAAACUCGUUAUUAUUUAGGAUACACAAUGUUUCAAACUGUACGUAUAUAUAAAUGUGUAUGUCAUUUACUUCUAGAUUUCGGUUGGCCUGCUGUAAGUGCUGCGAUCUGAUGAGAAAGUUUCUCAUUUUUUCGAGCCAACUCUUCAUGUGAUUUGGCCAACAACAGAAGAUGCUUCUGCGUGCUCUCUUGACAAUGGCUAUCGAUGUGUGCACGUUGCAUAACUUCCGUGCAGCCAACGUAUCUGAAAGGGCAGUCGAGCGGUUCCAGUAAGCAGGCUGCGCGAUGGGUCUUCAUGUCCCUACGCUUGAUGUUCUUUUCUCCACAAUCGUUUGGACAGUCUAGCGGGUACUGGGCACAUUGGUCGUAAUGGCUGAAUCUGCAGCCGAUCCCUACUAUGGCGCCAUACGAGGCUGUAUGUCCACAAUGCUCACAAGUGUAUCUACGACCUAUACACAGCUUUUCUAGGUGCUCAAGUACAAACUGCCUCUCCAUUCUUUCCCUGCACCCUUUUCUGCAUACAACUACAACAUUUCCGCACCUGUCCUGCUCGAGAUUUUGUUUCAAAUCUUCCAGUGCUCCACUCCAAUGGCAGCCUACUAGUCGGGAGACGCACCUAACCCUAAGCUCAUUGAUUUCCCCCAUCUUCUCUUUGUUCAAGACACUUUGAAAAUCUGGUUGUCGGCAAUGUGGGCACGUAUUUUGAGCCUUCUGAGCUGUUGUUGAUUGCCAUUGCUGGAGGCAGGAGUCGCAGAAGUGCUGGCCGCAGCACACCGUCAGUCGUGCUUCUCUUAUGACUUUGUGGCAGAUGUUACAGAUGUACUUUGGAGGGACUCUGGCUACAAACUCGUAGUCAUAGCCAUCAGGCUCUGGUUCGCUGUCAAGGAAAACAUACAGCAUACGCUCACUUAAUGAAGCAUGACCUUAGCUACGUAUACCUGUUUGCCAUGA